CCCUCCUGAUGAUGCACACCCAACAGACGUCAUGGCUUACUCAUUGUUUAUUAUUGCGUUUCUGGAAAAGGAUGGUGUUCGGAAACUUGAAGCACUUGAAGAAGUAGCCGAAAUUGUUUUCAGAUUUCAUAUUGCGCCCUUUAUUACCGAUGAUAAUAUCGGCAUUCGAAGUUCGACCUUGUUCAAGUUAUGGAAAAAGCAACGAAACAUUGAAGACUAUGCAAAUCGUGGCAGGUGGGGAAAGGCUAUGAGAGAAACUGACAAUAUGUUGGAAUUGAUUCAAAACUUAUCUUCGCCCAGGGACAAGAAUGUGGAAGAGUUAGCAGUACGCAUCGCAAGAUGCUCAUUUUAUUCAAGUUGGGGAAAUCGGAAACACGCACUGGAAGAGGUGGAGAAGGUUAUUGCGGCAGUUAAUUCUGUUGAAUACCCAGAUGUUCGAGAAUCUGUGCGUCUUGCAUUUGUGCAUUGUCUAUGCUCCCAUGCUGUAGAUUGCCACAAGGAUGGCAAUGUUACAGAAUCGAAGAGAUUGAUGGGCUUAGCCAAAAGUAAGAUCUCAAGAUGCAACAAUGCCUUGGAACUUGCAGAGGUGGAGUUUUCGGAAGCACGCAUGUUGUGUCAUGAAGGACAAUGGGUGGAAGCUGCAGAUAAGGCUCGAGCAUCGAUUUUUCUUCUUAUGAAAGAACAACGGCGUUUAUGUCACCUUGACCAUGAACCUAUAUCUUGGCUUUCAUAUUCUCGUGACUAUCUGAACGAAAAACUCGUUUUCAUUGAAAGCCUCUAUAUACGGCGCCUCCAAAAUCCCAUCAUUGGUCUUGUUUGGGCGGAGAGGAGCCAACAGCGCUUCCUUAUGCACCAAUUUUUCAACCAGCCCAAGGAAAUUGCAAUUCCCAGUCCUUCUGAUCUUGAUGAGUGUGAUCAGUUGCUAACAACUUUGUUUUUUCAGACCACCAAAGCCUUGAGGCUCAAGACAUCCAUUAUAGAAUAUUCAUACAAUUUAGACAAAGAAAUUAUGAAUAUGUAUGUAGUGGCAAUGUCACCUGACGGCAAGGAUUUUUUGCAUCGGAGUAAAAUUUGUCAUCUUCCAACGUGGUUCGAGGAGACCAAUUUGUCAAGCAACCAGAGUCUUCAAGAAUUGAUAGUAGAUGCUAUUGAUGAACAAGGCCGAAGUAUUGAAGCCUUAAGCAUCUUACAUGCUCUCCUUAUACAAUAUAUUGAGGAGGAUUUGAAAGGUUGUGAUUCACUCAUCUACGUACCUGGCCAUGGAUGUUUGGCAAAAAUCCCCUUUGCUGCAUUAUAUGAUGACAGACACAAAGAACAUUUAAUUGCAGAGUACAACGUGGCUGUUGUCCCCUCAAUUGUGACUUUACAUCGUUGUUUGUAUAGCCAAUACAAUUUCGAGAGGGAUUUGCAAGUUUUGGGUCAAAAUUUGCUCCAAGAUUCUUCAUUGGAACCUGGAUCUUCAGAGCAACCUCUUAAGUUUGAUGGCCAUCUACCAAGUAAUGUAGCUUUCAUAGCUGGCAACCAGGAGCCAAUGGGGCUUGGAUGGAAUCAAUUACGUGGUGCUGAAGAAGAAGCCAAGAGGGUGGCGGCAUUUUUCAAGGUGACACCUUGCAUAGGGAAAGACAUGACUAAGCAGGCUGUUAUUGAAGGCUUAUCAACCAGCAAAGUGGUUUUGUUAGCUACACAUGGUGUGGUGAAUGAUGACUAUCCUCAUGGUUGUCUCGUACUCCAAGCAUGUCCUGGACCGAAUGAAGUUACAUCAACAUCACCAUUGCAGCCAGAACUGGACGUUAUUGUGCUUAACAAACGACUCUGCAGACCUGACGAAGUUGCGUCAACAUCGACCUCAACGCUGCCACCAGGAAUGGACAUGCUCACACUUAGCAAACAGCUGAAUGAUGUUGCAUUGGCCUCAACAGCAACGCUCGAAGUCAGUUCCACACCCGUGACUACUGCGGAACUUUGGAAAGGUAAGGGUAUUGCAGAGGAGCAAGAGCAAGAUGUUCUUCAACAUGAUGGUCAUCAAGAAGGUAAGCGAAGUUUGAGGCUUUUUGAAUUCAGUGACAAGAAGUCCAAACAACAGAGGGCUGGAGAAGCAUCCCAGGUUCUCACAGCUGAGGAGAUUGGGGCUCUGAAAGGCGGGAUCUCUGCUGGGCUGGUUGUGUUGAGUGCAUGUCAGUCGGGAUUAGGCGAAGCCAUUACAGGUGAAGGAUUGUUGGGACUGGGAAGGGCUCUCUUGCUAGCGGGAGCAGUUUCUACGAUCCUCACUCUUUGGAAAGUUGAUGAUGUGUUCACUGGUAGAUUUAUAAUUGAUCUAUUCAAAGAAAUGCUCAUUGCAGAGCCGCGAGGUAGGAGUGUGGAUGAGUGCAUGAAAGAUGUCAUUCUAAACAUGAUUCGCGAGCGUCAACCUCUGAAGCAUUGGGCAGCUUUUACGAUUGUGGGUUCACCAGCUUUGCGACUAUUUAAGCCUGACAACAGUACAUGGGGAGCAUCAGGCUUGGACAAGCACUCUUAUCAUGCGUUUCAAAACUACAAUACUUGCCCAUAUUCUUGCCGCGUGUGUGAAAAAAGAGGAAAGAGGUUAGCAACAGCGAAUGCUUUGUAUCAAUUUACGAUGUUUCCGAUACAAUUGAUAUGGAGAGCAUACGCACCCUCGGUUCAGAAGAGCUAGAGGAAAUGUUGCGCAAUGGCGCACGUCUAGUGAAGCUUGGGGAAACAAAUCUGUACCGAUUAGUAGGACAAGAUGGAAGUUUUGAAUAUUUGUCUCUUGGCACUAAAAUGGAUAUUGUUUAACUGCCACCAAAUUGAACUCUGGACUAAGAAUUUGGUUGAGGAUGAAGCCACGUGUGAGAAGUGGCUGAAGCGGCACGGUAGGAGACAUUGUGGAGCAGUAGAAAAGGAUUUGUGCUCAAAGGUGUUGUUGUACGAGAGGCGAGAACAAAGGAAAGGUGGCAGUUUGGUAAACGGUGUGGAGGAGGGUUUUACGGUCGAUCUUGAGACGGAGGAAGUUGGUUUGAACAUCAUAUGCAUUUGUGCGAAGACGGUGGCGGGUUGUGUGAGAAGGUUUACAGCGGACAAAAAUAGUGGAAUAGCUGCAGAUAUAUCCUUUAGGAUGGUGGGAAAGAGGGCACUCUCAGAUUUUGUUGAGGCGUUCGUUGUCUGGUGGAGCGUGGAGGAUUCCAUUGCCGACUCUGAGUCGUAGCUGGACAUGUUUUGCAUUUUGAAGUUCAAGGUAGGAAGAAUGUUUGGCAAAGGAAUUUUCAAUGGAGUAAUUUUGCAAGUGGAAAAGCUCAAAUUAGUUUGCGAAAUUAGAGGCAGUUGUGGGGCCGAGUGCAAUCAUGGCCGUGAACAAGUCCCCUCAACCUCCUGCAACUGAUUGGCCAUUAAAGUUAAUUGCAAUUUGGCGCUAUGAAAAUUUAGUUCCUUGCAGGAAUAAAGUUAGAGCAAGAUAACACCCUAGUCCAACACUUUUCCCCUAAGAUUCCCUCCCUCACUUGAUUGUUUAGGUUUAGGUCUAAACCAAUGAAAAUACAGACCAUUCAUAGUUACUGUUCAGUACACUACAAAACAUAUUUAGUGUUACCAGUUCUAGAUACGAAGCUCAAUGUGCUAUAUACACACUAUUAUGUCUCGGUUCUAAUGUAACGCAUCCUCUAUAUUGAAAAGUACAACUAAUUUUAAUUCCUAA